CAAUUUCUCAGUGGUUCAUUGUGCUCGGGUUUAGCAGCCAUGCUCAGGUGCCUUAGAUCAAAUGAUAGGCUCUGGGCAGCGAUCGUGAAUCGGAGACCGAAUGGAUGCAGGAGUGGCAUGUCAGAACUUACGCGGCUGAGGGAUACGUUCACUCGAAUGGCCACUGCUUCUCGCACCAAAAUCUGUAUAAUACAAGCAAUGACCGGGUUCAGCGAGUCGAAUUCACGAGCGUGCAAAAACGUAGAUUCCUUCAGUUUCCUCCGAUGAUUACGCCAGAACCCGUAAGAACCAACAGUCUCCCUCUGAGCAGCUCCUCCCUUCUUACUUUCUCCCUUCGAGUCGAAAUGUUUCAAGUCCUUUUCCUCAUAAUUGUAUGUACGGAAGAUGCAUUUUGUGACCCUAUGGAAUCUUGUCCACCUUUUUAUCAUCGGUGACCUGAACAGUCAUUCUCGGUUCUGGAAAAUUGUGAUGGUAGUGGAUCGGAAGCGUAACCGGUCUCAUUGGACUUUGGUUGAACUUGACGAGCUUCGCAGUCCGGAGUUGAUAUGUCGCGACUCUGAUAACCACGUCACGUCGAACAAAGACGAGCUAGAUGACACUUCCACCGUGUGCGCGUGCGCGUGCGUGUUCUGCGGAAUCUUGUCGGCACCGGCCACGGCGCUCCGCAGUAAUACGCAAUUCUCACUAUCCCCUGAGCUGAACCGCGAUGGACGACAAUGGGAUACCUGAGUCCAUUCAAAACAGAAGAAUUCACGACUCCACGAAUUAACCGAUGUUGAUUGUACCGACCUACAUGGUUCCGAUAACGAGAUCAGAGUAGCAACAUGACCGACGAGGAUCAAACACAGUUACCUUGAAG